GAAAGCAAAGUCCAGGCUGCAGGACUCAGGGCAGCCAUGGCCAGGCACUGUGGGGCAAUGGCAACCAGGAUCCAGGCAAGACUGAACACAGUCUGCUCUUCCCGCUGGCUGCAGGACUGGCAUCUGUCCCUGGGGCUGUCAGGAGCACGUUUGACCCACGCCGGGGCUGCAGAGCGACUGCAGCGGGAGUACGACGCGGUGGUGAUCGGGGCAGGGCACAACGGGCUGGUGGCAGCUGCCUACCUGCAGCAGGCAGGGGUGCGCACAGCUGUGCUGGAGAAGCGCCACGUGCUGGGCGGUGCAGCUGUCACAGAGGAGAUUGUGCCAGGGUUCAAGUUCUCCCGGGCAUCAUACCUGCUCAGCCUGCUGCGGCCACAAAUCUAUGCCGAGCUGGAGCUGCAGCGGCAUGGCCUGAGGGUGCUCCCGCGGGACCCCUACUCCUUCACCCCACUGCUGGAGGACAGGAGCCCUCCUCGCUCCCUCCUGCUGGGACACAACAUGGCCCAGAAUCAGCAGCAGAUUGCUCAGUUCUCCCACAAGGAUGCCCAGGCUUACCCUGAGUAUGAGGCAUUCAUGGGGGGCAUGGUGUCGGCCCUUGACCCACUGCUGGAUUCUCCUCCAGUGGAUACAGCUGCCCUGGGGAAGGGGUCCCUGCUGCAGCAGCUCAGGAACCUGCGAGCCCUGUGGCCCCUGCUGCAGGCAGGGCUGGCGCUCGGCCAGCAGCUGCCCCGCUAUUACGAGGUGCUCACAGCUCCCAUCUCCAAGAUCCUGGAUCAGUGGUUUGAGUCAGAGCCCCUGAAGGCAACUCUGGCUACUGACGCGGUGAUUGGAGCCAUGACUAGCCCCCACACCCCCGGCAGCGGGUACGUGCUGUUGCACCAUGUCAUGGGCGAGCUAGAGGGACGGCGGGGAGCCUGGGGCUACGUGGCAGGUGGGAUGGGAGCCCUGUCCCAAGCCAUUGCCCACGCAGCGACAGCCCAGGGAGCCCACAUCUUUGCUGAGAAGGCAGUGUGCCACGUGCUGCUGGGCAGGGACGGGCGGGCACAGGGUGUUGCGCUGCAGGAUGGUACAGAGGUGAGGAGUAAACUGGUGCUCUCCAAUGCCUCCCCCCAAAUCACUUUCCUGGAACUCAUUCCUCAGAAGCAGCUGCCGAAGGAUUUUGUCCAGAGGAUCCGGCAGGUUGACACACGUUCCCCCGUCACCAAGAUCAAUGUGGCAGUGGAUCGACUGCCCAGCUUCCUGGCUGCCCCCAAUGCCCGUGACGGCCAGCCCCUGCCCCACCACCAGUGCUCCAUACAUCUCAACUGCGAGAACACCAACCUCCUGCAUCAGGCAUUCAUCGAGGCUACCCACGGACACCCCUCCAACAGGCCCAUGAUCGAGCUCUGCAUCCCCUCAGCGCUGGACCCAGGACUGGCCCCACAGGGCUGCCACGUUGUGUCCCUCUUCACCCAGUACACCCCGUCCGUGCUGGCAGAUGGUCAGUCCUGGGACGAGCAGGCCAGAAAUGCGUAUGCAGACAGGGUGUUCAACUGCAUUGAAGACUACGCCCCAGGAUUUAAGGCAUCCGUCAUUGGCAGGGAUAUCCUGACACCACCAGACCUGGAGAGGAUCUUCGGACUGCCCGGUGGAAACAUCUUCCACGGAGGGAUGUCUCUGGACCAGCUGUACUUUGCCCGGCCAGUACCAUCUUACUCUGGCUACCGGUCCCCAAUUCCUGGCUUGUACCUGUGUGGAAGUGGAGCCCACCCUGGAGGAGGAGUGAUGGGAGCAGCAGGACGCAAUGCUGCCCAGGUGGCCCUCAAGGACUUCAGGAGCCUCUGAUGACAGUGGUGACACUGACUUCACCAAUACAGGCUUGUGGCAGCAGCAGGCCUCAUUGAUCCCAUGCAGAGCCCUGUCCAUCCCCAAAUUGCUUACCAGACACCUCAGAGCAGCAUCCCCAGAGAGAUGAGGGUGCAGUCUGGCAGGGUCCCCUGUGCUCUCAGCUGCUACUAUCUUGAACAGGUGGCUUCUCCCAGCCUACCACAACCCAGCUUUGCUGCAGUGACUUGUGCACUGUGUGACCCUGGUAAGCCUCACUCAGCCCCUGCCUGUGCCCAUGGAAAUAAACCUUGGCCCGGGCUCUGUCAU